CCCGCGCUGAUCACAUAGAUCAAUGGUAUUCGUUUCAACUGCCCUAAAUAGGUCUGUUGAAACACUACAUCAUAAUUUAGUUGUACCUUCUGGUAACUGAGAGAGUUUAGGUUGUUUCUUACUUGUUGAGUGUUCGUUGAUGCUGUAAUGAACCUUCUCAGUCCCAUCUUCUAGAAGCCAUGCGCGGCUGUUUUCUGGGAGACAAUCUUGAAGACGUCACAAGUCACGGAUUAUUUUCCUUGAAAGCAUCAUCAAAGCCCACUUCCUGAGAGCUCAUUCCGAGCAUGGUGUCUCGCCCAGCACUCCUACGUAGAUCUCAUUUGUUUCUGAUAAACCAGCCACAAAGCAGAUGUUCUUCUCAUGCCCAUUUCACAGAUGAAGAAACUGAGGCCCAGAAUGAUCAAGUAGCUUAUCAGAGGUCACAUAGCUGGAGUUGCUGCCCAGGGGAAGAGGGGAAGGGCCUGGAGCUAGGCUCUUGGGCCACCCUACAAUACUGGGACACAUAGAUAUGGGAGCUUUUGCUUUCGAUGUUGGAGGAGCUCCGGUGUUAGCAACGGGCAAGUCUGCUGGGGCCGAAAUUGACAUCAAGUACGCCCUCAUUGGGACGGCUGUGGGCAUCGCCAUAUUGGCUGUCUUCCUGGUCCUGAAGAUCUGCAUGAUCAAGAAGCAUUUGUUUGAUAUCGACUCCUCAGACUUGAGAAGCACAAACCCAGGCUUCAAUGACACCGCCACACUAAAGAAGAGAGUCCCAAGGUCAAACCUCAAUUUCUCUGCAAGAGAUGAGCAAGUGAUUGAGCUCUAAAUGAGUGGCCUCUUCAGGAAAGGUUGGGCAGUCUGGACAGUUUCAAUCUCAGGGAUGUCAUGAACUUGAGCUUCUAAAGCUGGUGACGGACCUUCAUGUGGACCUCAAUGCCCAGGCCAAGUAACAGAUGGAAUGGAGUCUACAGCAUUUCUGUCCUAAAGGAAAAUAUCAAUUCUCUUCCAUGAGAAGUGGACUCAACAGAGGGAGGCAUGAGCACUUUACCCAGCAGUAAGGAAGGAUGGAAGCCAAUAAUCCACACUGUCUAUCCUGGUCCUCUUUGGUGGAGUUGUUCAUGAUUCUGUGAUAGCAUUGUGUCCAUAUCAAUGGAACCUACCCAGAGCAAAUGGCUCAUGGAAAUGGGGACCAAAGUCAAGACAUAGCCUGCGUAACACCACCACUUAUCAACAGGUAAGCAUCAUUUUUCUAGAACUGAUGGCCUCACCUUUUCAGUUGCCAUAAGAAUCCCCCAUGUGAAUAUUCAGGAUCCUUGAGACAUGAAGACUAUGGGGUAGUCUCUGGUCUGAGGAAUGAAAGACUGACCUUCCACAGGAAAGAAUGGAGGACUGGGCCAGAGUGAGAGGAAGGGGUCUGAAUGGCCAUGGAAUGGCCUACAGCUUUGCAGCUCCGCACAAGAUGAAGCCAACAAAGGAUUAAAUGAAAAAGCCAAUGGUGUGCCUUGUAGGGACCCACAUAGAUGUAAGGGAUUAUUGUUACGUUUAGAACAUUAUUUUGUGGUUAUUAGUACAAAUGUGAAUGGCUUUUGCCUAGAGGACAUGACCGACAGAGGCUUAGGAAACGCCCAUCUUUUUAUUAUUGCCAUCAACUAAAGGCUGUGUGGCACAGGCCUCGUUAACAUUUCUCUCCCCCAUACUCUUAACCCUGUAUUUCUGGGGCUGCAUUCUUGAAUACUCUUUGCCUUUCCAGUUCAGCAGAAAUCCAGGUGGUUGCGUGGGCUGGUUCUCCUCGGAUUGGGCUCUUCUCCUUGUGUGUGAUGAAAGAUGAGCAAUAUUUCAAAACACAGUGCUGUGUUAUAAUAAUUUGCCUGGAUUCCCCGGGCAUCUUUUAUCUGACUUGAUAACAACGUAGUUCAUUAGCAGCCUUUGUUAGCUGAUAACCUAAAGCGGUAACCCGAUACUCAUAAGCAAUUUUCUGUGUGUAAGAUAGAAUAAACCAUCUUGUAAGGUAUCUGUUAA